CAGCACAUCCUGCUGUCAAGGAUGUAGACUGUGUGUGUAUUUGAAUACUGUCGAUAUGACCGCCAGCCUUUUCCUCUCUCAACAUGCCUGCAGCGAUGCACCUCACUGUGCUGUUGUGCCUGUUUGCAGUCGCCGCCUGUAAAGACACCACCACUUCCUCUGCAGUCAAACAGGUAACAGAGAUUACCACAAGUGCACACCACACCAGUUUGACAGUCACUACCAAAGAUAAAGUCAGUCCGGCUGUGACUACACAAGAUAAAGUCAGUACAACUUUGACUACGCAAGAUAAAGUCAGUACAACUUCGACUACACAAGAUGAAGUCAGUACAACUUCAACUACACAAGAUAAAGUCAGUCUAUCCAGUGUGACAACUACCAACAACACACAACAGCCUCUGACGACAACAACACACCAGAGUACCUCAGCAGCCACUUCAGAAAAAGUGUCAACAUCACCACCACCCUCGACUUCCCCCCACACACCCAACAGGACAGAGGAAACACAUUCCACUGUCACUCCUCCUCAGACUCCAACGACCGACCAGACAUCCAACACGACAGUUUCCCACGGACCGACACUCCCGCCAACGUCAGACUCACCAAACGUCACGGCAACAACCUCUGUAAACACAACCAGCUCAGGUCUCUUACAUGAGUGGGGAAAACAUGACUUGGAAGCAAACCCCGGGCUUGUGGCCAUCAUUUGUAUCUUUUGUAUCGUCUUAGUUCUUUUGCUGGUGAUUGCCGCCAUGAAAUGUAUCCAAUCACCGAGGUCCAACUUCGAGAGGCUUGAUGACAUGCCGAUGGGCAAAGUGAAUGAGGAAUCUCCAUUCGCACACUACUCAAAAUAACAGAGAAGACUUCAUCAGACGUUGACGUCCAAGAGGAGCUCAGUCUACUGUACGACUCUGAUGAUUCUGGAUAGAGAAAAAAAAAACAGAAAUGUUGUCCACCCAAGAAAGAGACAAGUUUGAUAUUUUCCUCUCAGGCUCUUAUUUCUCUACAAAGCACUUUUGUCAAUGACUGGAGAAUUUCUGCCUCACCUUUGACUCUUGACCUGCAAGUUUGGCUGCUUAUAAUUCUGCUGAUUGAAGCUGGAUCAACUGUUGCACUUAGUCUUCCUCCAUAGGUUCUUCUGAAUAGAGAAUCAGCAUGAAAGGUACAAAUAUAAAAUGAAUGUUUCCUCAAUUGGUGAUGCACGUCCUGGUGAGCAUUUGUAAUUCAGAAUUGCACUCUUGCAUGUAACAAGUGACAUUAUAAGAAUACAGCACAUAUAAAGUUUCCAUGAUAAUGUGGGGAUUUGUGUCGUCAACAGUGCAUAGGAAGUUAUAUUUUCAGGGUUGAAAGUGUACAUGAAAUUAAUAUUAUCUGCAUGUACAAUGCCUUUUUGGGCAGUUAUUAUAUAGAAAUACAACUCUAAUUGGAAUUGACACGUAUUAUGUUAUUUAUUGCCACAUAUGAUGUAUAAAUAAUGUCUACCCUGGCCUGAGGCAUCCAGUACAAACAGUUUUCAGAUGUAGGAAUAAACUCAUUGGCUGAGAUACAAUUCAGCAGGAACCGUGAAGAAACAAUUUGAUAGAAUUAUUAUGGCAAAGAAAUAUUAAGACUGCCAACACCAAGGAAAGAUGAAGACACAAGAAGCAGGAAGGUAACAUUUGAACACUAGCGAGAAAAUGCAAACUAGUGCGGGACUGUACUUCGUCAUGCCGAACCUGCAAAUUGAAAUAGUUUCGCUUUGUUGACUUAUCAGUAAAACCAGUGGUUCCCAACUGGUCCAGAUUUCUUAGUCAUUAGUUCAAGGUCCACACAGUAUAAUACAUUCAGGGUCAUACUUGCGUUUGGCCAUGUCAUUGAGUUAGUCUGUUGUCUCUGUAAAGUAUCUGUCCACUAAUCACUAAAUCUACAACAGAAAAUGGCACUUCAAAAUAAAAGCUCUGUGCCUGAAAUUUACUGUACUUCAAUAUAAAGUGUGUUUUUUACAAACUCGUGAGUCACUUGCGGUCCACUCAGAACAGACCCACAACCAACCAGUUGAAAGUCACUGAGUUAAACUGUAACUCUGGUCAAUUUGAGUAUUUUGGCUUAUAACAAACAAUGACACAAGUCUGUAGACACAUGACAGACAGAUGUUAGACAAUAUAAUAACACUAAAUAGAGUGCAUUAAGGAUGAUGUGUUUUAUAGGCCAACAGGGAAGUUAAUGUUGCCGUUGUUCAAUUUUUCCAUUAAAUUUUGGAUUUCUGCAGAAAAUAAGCUCUGUGGAAAACAGAAGUUUAUGACAUUUACAUGUGUUGUUAAGCAAGAUAAUCUUCACAAAGCAAUACCAAUUUUGCAGUCACCAGAAGUAAAAAGCUAACGUUAGCCUAUAAACAAACUACACCAUGGAUGCAUGACGUAAAGUCGCCAUCACAACAAGACGUUAAAGUUGUGUUCGGCGUGAUGACACACAGUACUCUCAUUUAGCCACUUAGCAUCCGCCUUUUCUAUCAUAAAGGCAAGUGCAGGCUUUAAAAUUCACAAGUGGGGAAAUUUUCUGACGUAUUUACGACAUAAAACAAAACAUGAAAGUCUCUCAAGCUUGUGUUAACCACAGACCUUAUUUCAGGCAUCUAACUAAAAACCCUUUCAAUAAACCCUUUGACGUAAAGAUGAGGGAACCAGGAGUGCUAAAAUGCUAACUCAUAUCCGGGCUUUAGGUUUCAUUCCUGGAGCACUGCAUAUUUUUCACUCUCACUCUAUAUAUCUCUUCACCUACAAUGUUGACACAUGUAAUCCUUUACCAAAUCUUAUGUGUGGCAAAGCUGCUCUCUUUCAUUCAUUUUAAUUCUGUUAACAUCUCUCUCUAGUGAUGGCUGGGACACACACAGCUCUCUUCCAAAGGAGAAUAAUAUAUUCAAACUACUUUCAUACCUCCACAAAGUAAUUUUGCUGCAUGUUUACGCUCAGGGAUCACAGUAAAUGCUUUUAAAAAUCAGGGUGAUCAUCAUAUAACCCAACAAGUGUGCAUCACACACUGGCUGUUAGACAGAUGUACAUAAUUGUGACAUUUUGAAUGAAAUAAAAGGAAUAUUCCCAAAACA